AUGGAAUUCUUGAUUGACGACAUCUUUUUCACUCAAGGUGACAGCUCAGCACAGACCUUGGCCUACGGCGAAGCACAGCACCAUUCACCACAAUCACCAAGCUCGUCAAGCUCGCCGGCUGGGAGAGCGAAUAAUGUCGAAUCAAUCCCACAGACCAUCAACCCUCAAGAUGUUUUUGAUCUUCCCUCUUCACAACUUCAAGAUUUCCAAAUUGAUUGGGACGCCGACUUUCAACAGCCAAAAUCAGCGUCUGAUGUUGUGACCGAUCAUCUCAACCCUGACUUCUCUUUCCUCAACCAACCUCAUGACAACUGGAACAUAUCAGCACCUCUGCCAACUGCAAGUGGCUCCGUCCAGACACCAUUAACGAGCAUUGAUGAGUUUCUAAUCAAGAAUGGUGCAAGUCGCCCACCCGCGCCGUGCACAAAUUGUCGUCGAUCCCGUCUACAAUGCCUCAUCUUGCAAACAACCCUCGCCAACCCGAAUCCAGAUUCCUCCUGCUCAACUUGCGUCGCCUUAUUCAGAGAAUGUAGUCUUUCCGGUCGCAAAAAGCGGGAGCCUUCAGAUUUCGAGACGCUGGAGCCAGUGAUCGGACGUUUGCACGGUGUGAGCGAGCAUGGCAUUCUUGGCGUACCACCUACGGUCGAAGAGGGCCAGCCAUCGCAGGGUCUAUCAAUAGCAGAGCUCUCUGGAAAGAGGACAAACACGCGAUCUGUGCGAAAAACGAGGGUGUUGCGUAACUGGUACCUCUCAAAUCUGGACCAUCCGUACCCGUCAGAGGAGGAAAAGGUUGACCUCGCACAACAGUCAGGAUUGAGUCGAAGCCAAGUAGUUAAUUGGUUCGCCAACUCGAGAAGAAGACACAGGCUAGCAUCAACGUAUUCAGCAGUGCCGACCCGAGGACGCCAAGGAUCUGCACCAGCAUCACCCAUGCCGCGUUAUCUACGCAAGAAUAUGUCACCAAUGGACCGCUGGAAAAAUUCACCGCCAGAUCAGGAACCAGCUUCAGCGACAGCGAUCCAGAAUGCAUUGGCUGCUCAAUCGAGCGAUCCAAGUUCGUUGGACAGCGACAACCUGGGCGGAUCUGGGCCCGGUUCGUCUGCCAGCAACGACUCCCUUUGGCCCUCUACCCUACAUGAUGCUUCCUCCAACUCGGCAUCAUCGUGUUACUCUUUUCGUUCCAGGGAUGGUAAAUUAUAUCCGCGUUCUGGCAACAGUUCAGUAGUAGAAGGGACUUCGACAUCCAGGCCUACGUCUACAAGGUCGAGAUCUAAAAAGCUGAUUGCAUUUCAGUGCACCUUUUGCCGACAAAGCUUCAAGAAAAGAUACGAUUGGGUUCGGCAUGAGAGGUCAAUACACCUACCGGGCCUAGACUCCUGGGUUUGCACGCUGCCUGCCACCCCGGGUCAGUCGCUUCUUGUAUGGCGCAUGAAUGAAGAAGGGCCGCAAUGUCUUUUUUGUGGUUCAGACUCACCAAACGAUGAACACAUCCAAGCUCACGAAUUCGACACUUGCGCCGAAAGACCUGUUUCAGAACGCAAGUUCACGCGCAAGGACCACCUGUGGCAGCACCUGCACAAAUUCCACGGAUGUAGAAGAUGGGAGGGCUGGCAGCCGGACCUGAGUCUAUUACAAUACCGGCAAGAUACAAUCCGUAGUCAAUGCGGGUUCUGCCAAGCUACAAUGAACAGUUGGGAAGCGCGGACAGAUCACGUAGCCGCUCAUUAUCGCGAUGGUUUCACGAUGGAGCAAUGGGUCGGAGGGUCCGGGGUUCAUGUCCACGACCCGAGCGGCAUGGAUAAUGAGAGACAGUCUUGA